UACCUGCAUACGUUGGUGAUAUAACAUCUGUGUGGUUUCCUUUCUUUUGAUAUAUAUUGUCUCUUUGUUCUUGUAUUGGUUGCGAUCGGUACACUUUGUGUUAAAUAACUAAGUAAUUAGAUAGAUCGGCGUAAAGAAGAAAAGGAUCAUGUGUAGUCGAGGCCAUUGGAGACCAGCGGAAGACGAGAAGCUAAAGGAUCUAGUCGAACAAUAUGGUCCUCAUAAUUGGAACGCCAUAGCCCUCAAGCUCCCUGGUCGAUCUGGUAAGAGUUGUAGAUUGAGAUGGUUUAAUCAAUUGGAUCCGAGAAUAAACAGAAACCCUUUCACGGAAGAAGAAGAAGAAAGACUUUUAGCCGCUCACCGAAUCCACGGGAACAGGUGGUCCAUCAUCGCUAGGCUUUUCCCCGGGAGAACUGAUAACGCCGUCAAGAAUCAUUGGCACGUCAUCAUGGCUCGACGCACACGCCAAACCUCCAAGCCUCGUCUUGUUCCCUCGACAACUUCGUCUUCUUCUUUGACGGGGACUGAACAAAUCAUGAGCUCUUCUUGUGAUCGGAAGAGAAUACUUGGAGACGUUAUUAGUUACCCUUACCAAUUCUCUCAUAUCAAUCAUCUUCAGUUCCUCAAGGAGUUUUUCAAUGGAAAGAUCGCUUUAAAUACCAAAGCAAACCAGAGUAAAAAGCCUAUGGAGUUCUACAAUUUUCUACAAGUAAACACGGAUUCAAACAAGAGCGAGGUUAUUGAUCAAGAUGUAGAUCAAAGCAACUCUAAUAAUCAAGAUUAUUCAAACGAAAGUCGUGUUCCCUUCUUCGACUUUUUGUCUGUUGGAAACUCGGCCUCUUAGGGUUAUUAACUUGUUUGCGUUUUGUGUAUACAUAUGUAAGUCCUAAAUUUCUAUAGCUUAACUAUUUAGUCCAUAUACGUACUAUACUUUAGAUCAACAACAUGUAUGUUUGAUGUUUGGUGUAAGAAACCAGUAAUUAGUGAGGUCUAAUCGGUCUAUGCGAAAUGUGAAAA